UGUUGUCUGCCGCCAUAUUGAAGUAUUAGUCGUGAGGGCUACUCAGCCAGAUUUCUUUCUCCAAUUUCUUUUACGAUGGAGAAUCUUUAUGGAAUAGGUAUUACCAAUCGGUAUCAAUUGUUUUUAAAUGAAGAUGAAGAUCCGUUAGAAGUACUUAAGUCCCAAGAGCAAGAGAAAGAGUUGAAGAAGAAAUCCAAGCUCUCGGAAAAAGAAAACAAGGGCAAGCAGCAAGAGAUCAAAGGAAAACCUGCUGUUGCUUCAAGGAAAGGAAUCAAAGAAACUCAGAACAUUAAGUCCCAAGAUCAACAACAUAAAGUGAAAGAUGAGAACGUGAAACCUAAAGGACCUCCAAGAACUGAACGUGAACGUAGAUUUAAUACUGAGAAUCGUGAGGAGCGAAACAAUCAAAGAAACCGACCAGACAAGCCACCCGGAACAGGCAGUGAUUUUCACAGGGAGGAUCGUGGAGGUGAGAGGAGACCUGAGAGGCGCCAAGGUCCGAGGGAGGAAAGGGAAGGAAACCGAGGAGAUGGAGGCAGAGGCACUGGACGAGGCAUGGGCCGUGGUCGUGGAAGAGGAGGCAGAGGUGGUUUCGAUGGACGUGGCAAGCGCGAGUUUGAUAGACAGUCUGGCUCUGACAAAACGGAGCCCAAAAGAGAAGAGACUAACUACCUGUGGAGGUGUUAUCACCCAGCUCAUCCUAAUCUCUUAUCUCCCUCUCCCCCCAUGUACAGCAUCAAGCACCACACUCAAGGUGCCAAACUCCCGAUUAAUCUGUAUGAAUAA